AUGUUUGCUCCAAACCCUAAUCAAUCAUCAUUGGGAUCAACAUCUCUUGGUCAGUUCAAUAGUGGAGCUAAUAGUAGUAUUGGCUCUACUGCUACAUCGUCGACAACGAACAAUGGAUCACUGGCGUCUUUAAGUACGACUGCCAAUGGCGGCAAUAACAUGUUCUCAAUGACAUCACGUCCUCAACCACUAAGUCAAUACUCUCUUGGCGGUGGUGGCAUGGGCAUGGGAACUCAAUCAUUAUCAUCUCAACAGCAACAACCACAACAACAAUCACAACAGCUACAACUACAACUACAACCACAGCAGCAACUGCAACAACAACAACUACUUCAAUCACAACAACAACAGAAUGAUAAACAUUACAUACAGAGCAGGAUCUUUGCACAGGAUCGCGUGGACCUGUCGACCAGCACAGACAAGCGAAAGCCCAUCAUGGAGAACCCUGGCGUCUCCUCUCUGACGACCUCGCCGCCACACACUCAGCAGCAGAUGCAGCACUCCCCGUCGACACCAUAUUCGCCGUUCAACGUCAAGAGUGGUGGGUACAACUCGAUGCGUCAGUCUGGCUUCUCAGGCUACCCCUCGCAGUCCAACUAUUCGCAGCAGCAACAGCAACAACAGCAGAACAUGCUCAUCAACAAAGACUACAUCCCCAAGACAUCGAUAUACGACGACCCGAGCCCAUCGGCACUCUCAUCAGUGCACGGCGCCAACAACCAACUACCAACCACCUCGCAGAGCAUCACCAUGUCAUUCUUUGAGACGCCCGGCCAACCCAACUCGCUGCACCAGCUGGCGCUGCCGCCACCCCAGCAGCAACAACAACAGCAGCAACUACAGCAGCUACAACAACAACAGCAGCAGCUGUCACUAUCAGCCUUUAACAACUCUACAAUGGUGGCCUCUGGCACAGGAGCAACAGCGCCAAUGAUGUCAUCAUCCAUUCAGACCACGUCCAACUACUUCUCGCCCACGGCAGACAGUCAACAUCUCUACAGCGACAAGUAUGAUAAGCGAUGGGUGACAGUAUUUGGCUUCCCACUGGCCAGUAGCGAUGUCAUACUGGACGUUAUCGAGACACAUGCACACAUUGUCGAACUUAAAUAUCCACAUGCCAACGCUCACUGGAUACACAUCCGACUCGAAUCAGAAUCCGUAGCCAAUGACCUACUCACAAAGAAUGGUUUGAUACAUGGCAACUAUAUGAUUGGUAUAACUCCCUGCAAAGACAUCAUUAAAUCUGGACCACUUCCAGAACCAAGUGCUCAAGUUCCAUUCAAAGAGUUGGAGGCAUAUGCUCCACAUAGAAGCAACUACGACCCAAUGGAGUAUUCGACAAAUCAACCAAACACCUCCUCCAAUCCAUCAAUAUUCUCCAAGAUAUCAGAGUACGUCUUUGGCCUCUGA